UUGACAGUUUUCUUUAAAUACAUGCACUUUCUGAGCCUCAAAAAUAUUCGGCGUGUGCACUUUAUCCAAUGACACGGCAGAUGCAACGUCAGUUUUGUGCGCCGGAAGUUCCUCUUCAACGCGUUGUCGAAAAAUUCACGUCGUGAAAUCAUGGGCCGUAAGUUGGAUCCCACCAACAAGGUGAAGCGAGGUCCCGGGAAGAAAGCCAGAAAGCAGCAAGGGGCGGAGACAGAGUUGGCCAAGUUUAUAAAAGAUGAUGAUUCAGAGCCAAAACGUCAGUCAAGAAGAGCCAGGAAAAGGAACGCUAAAAGAGUCGCCACCAAUUUGGCAAAGGCAAAAGAAGGCGCUAAUGAGCAGGCUAAGAAAGGUUUCACUGAUGAGAACAGUAACUGGCUGAAACCGGCGAAGAGGAAGCGGAAACUGGAUCAAUCUGACAGCGAGGAUGACAGCGACGAGCAGUGGGAGGAAGAAGACGAUUACGACGAAGAGAAGACGGAAGUUGAAGCAAUCCAGCCAAAGAAGGGAGGAAAGACCCAAGCAAAGACGAAUACACAACUAGAAAUCAAAGAACUGGAGGAGGAGGAGGAGGAGGAUGAUGACGAUGAUGAAGAAAUGGUUGAUGACUAUGGUGCUUCAGAAGAGGAAAGUGAUGGAGAGGAGCUUCUUCCCAUCGAGCGUGCAGCCAAGAAGGAAAAGAAACUGAAGCAAACUACGGGGCUUGAGAUUGAUGAUGAAGAUGAUGACGACGACGACGACGAGGAGGGUGACGAUGACAAAGGCGAUGAUAAGAAAUCAGAUGACGAUAACGAAGAAACUGUACAGACCAACAUCGACGACUUGGAUCAGUUCAGGCUUCCUAGCGCUGAAGAGAAUGAAAAGGAAGGAGUGCUGCCUGUGGACCUCAAGACGAUCCACCAAAGAAUAAAGGACAACAUUGACGUCCUCUAUUUUACGUCCAAAAGAGAGCCAGGGAAAGACAGAGGAGAGUACAUCGCUCUAUUGAAAAAGGAUCUUUGCACCUACUACAGUUACAACAUGUUCCUCAUCGAGAAGUUCAUCGACCUCUUGCCUUUUUCGGAGGUGGUGGAUUUCCUUGAGGCGAAUGAAAUUCAGAGACCUGUCACUAUUAGGACAAACACAUUAAAAACCAGGAGGAGGGACCUUGCUCAGGCUCUGAUCAACAGAGGGGUGAACCUGGAUCCACUGGGAAAGUGGUCCAAAGUGGGUUUAGUCAUUUAUGACUCCUCUAUCCCUAUUGGUGCGACUCCAGAGUACCUGUCCGGUCAAUAUAUGUUGCAAGGCGCCUCCAGCUUUCUCCCAGUUAUGGCGCUCUCGCCGCAGGAGGGGGAGUCUGUGUUGGACAUGAGUUCAGCCCCGGGAGGAAAAACCACCUAUAUUGCUCAGCUGAUGAGAAACACGGGUGUGAUCAUCGCUAAUGACGCCAACGCUGAUAGAUUGAAGAGCGUGGUGGGCAACAUCCACCGUCUGGGGGUCACCAACACUCUGGUGUGCAACUACGACGGCAGGCAGUUCCCUAAGGUCAUGGGGGGCUUUGACAGAGUGCUACUCGAUGCCCCAUGCACAGGCACAGGAGUCAUCGCGAAAGACCCUGCUGUGAAGACCAGCAAGGAUGAAACAGACAUCCGGCGUGCUGCCCACUUGCAGAAAGAGUUACUCCUGUCCGCUAUUGACUCCGUCAAUGCUGAGUCGACAACGGGGGGCUACCUGGUUUACUGCACGUGCUCCAUAAUGAUGGAGGAGAACGAAUGGGUGGUGGACUAUGCUUUAAAGAAAAGGAAUGUCAAAUUGGUUCCCACUGGACUGGAUUUUGGCAAGGAAGGCUUCACCAGGUUCAAAGAACGUCGGUUCCACCCUUCUCUGCGGCUCACCAGGCGUUUUUACCCCCACUCGCACAACAUGGACGGCUUUUUUGUGGCCAAGUUUAAGAAAUUCUCCAAUGUGAUUCCAACUAAUAUCACAGGGGAAGAAGAAAAGAAGGCCGAUGCUCCUGAGGCGACGGAGGUGAAUAAUUCUUCCAAUGAUAAAGUGGCCAAAGCAAAUAAGUCCAAGAAGGUUGUCCCUGGUAAGGUCAGCGAGUCAAAGCAGGAGGCCAAAACAAAUGGAACAGCAGCCAAGAAAGCACCUCACUUCAAUUCUAAAGGCAAAAAGAACUCUCAAACUGGACCGAAAAAAGCAAAGAUCGCCAAGAUGGAAGGAGAGACUGAGACUAAGGCACCGGUGACAGCUGAAAUGAAAGUACUCAAGUCAGGGAAAAAGCCCGGGAACAGAUUUGAGAAGAAACAGGCCAACCAGAGAAAAACAUUCAUGAAAUCCAAGAAUAGAAUGGGAAACAAUACGUUCAAAAAGUUGAAACAGAAACAAACGAGAUCAUAAUAAGCGUUGUGGUCCACGGUUGUUGUUGAAAGUAACUGCAGAUGUGUAUUGUGUUGGGUUUUCUUUUUUACAGUGUGAUAGCAGUUGUGUUUGUCCAUUGACUGAAAUACGUGAAUGGGGUUCCUUGCAUAAACCUGACACAAUAAAAUUUUAAAAUAUCUUCUUUAA